GCCAGGAGGACACAGUCACACAGUGUCACUGCCAGGAAAAAGAGAACACAAGGAGAAACAGACUGACUAGCUGGAUUCAGAGUGUGGGAUUUUCUCCAAGAUGCAGACACAGUUGGCGUUUGUGCUUCUCCUCUGUUUGCCGUGUGGCGUAUUAUGUUCAGAUGUUGACCAAGAACAGCGGGCGAUAGAAGAGGAGCUAUUGAGCAGUCUCUUUACUUCAAAGAGCAAGCAGAACGCCCCCUACUGGCGUGUGUCCCUGGUGAAUGUGUGCAGGAUGGUGAACAGCCUGAUAAACAGCCGGUUGUGGAGAGAACAGGUGGAGUAUAACACUGGGGAGGAGCUGGGGGAGAGGCUGGCCUCCCUGCCGGAGCCCUUGGAUGAGCUCCUCGAUCUACAGCACAUCUGCAGAGUACUGCAGCCCCGAGAGCUGCUUGACAACUCUCAAGAGUACCUUGAAGCCGAUCAAAACAGUGACAACCCGCUCAAAAGGAAAUCACCGUAUAUUUUUAAGAGGCAAGUGAAAAACACCAAAGCUCGGAGGCCGUACAUCUUGAAGCGGAGUACAUUUUACUGAUCCACCCCCGGGAGGAGAAAGAAAGACACUAUACAUUCUGUGGAUAUGUGACCAUACGUGCUCUCUGUUGUAGUGUUAUUACUGAUGUUUCUGCAGUGUUUCGUCCAUACAGAUGAUAUCUCAAACCUGUGUCUGUCACUAUAGGUCUCUACUCACAUUCUAGGCCCAAUCCUGCUCCAAAAAGAGAGGACCAAUUGAAAUAAAAGCAUACAAAAGCAGUAAGAAAGUGUGUAUCUUUUGAGAGACUUUAUAUUUACUAUAUGUGUUCACUCCAUGUAUUUUCU